AUGUUAAGAAGUUUGAGGAUACAGGAUUGGCGGUUACGUCGACGAGAUUGGAACAUUGAGUGGAAGCCUGCUCCAUAUCCAUGCACUGCAGCACAACGUGAGGCAGCAGCAAAGCGAUAUGGACUUCUUUUGACCGAUUAUCAACCAUUCGAAGACGACGGCUAUGCUCCUGGUGACUACCCGGAUAUGAAGAAUUUUAACGAAGCUAAUAGGGAUCCUUGGGAACAUUACGACUAUUAUCCGGUGAAACGGAACUACAAUGAGCCUGUGCCCUUCUAUUGGGAAUUCUAUUCCGAAGCUGGCGCAGAUCCCGACUUUCAGGAAGUGCAUCACUAUGGCCAACCUAUGUGGUGGGUAUUCUUCAAGUUCCUCCUCCCACCGAUAUUAGUUGGUGGAUUUGCUCUCCUUUUGGAACCUUACUCGUUUUUUCAGCCGGAGGCUGAAAUUCCACCAGAAUUCGAGAAUGAUUUAAUUGUGGAACUUUGUGAAGGAGAUUGA